CAUCGCCUGUUCAGAGAAAGAUUCGUUAUGUUCCGUUUAUUUUUUAGUACGGCAGUCAUAUUGGGCUUGUAGCUUUGUAGGUUUCAUUGAAUCAUUGAAUGAGAGUACUGCCGUUUCCACGAGCUUUUAAAGUGAUUGUUUCCACCUCCGAAGUCAAAUACGAAUGUUUUUUCACGGCGAUGGUGGGAGAAAUGCCUGGCACUUAACGCGCUCUGUGCAGCAGCCUGGUGCCCAUUGAUUCUUCUAGAAUAUUAUAAGAAGCUCAGUGUUUAUUGUGUAACAUGUGAUUUACUCGGUGUGCACGUCGAGUAAUUGGCAUUGCGUCUAUACAGUUGUAUAGAAGCCAUGGCGCUUUUUAAAUUCUGCUUUCUCUGCUUGUCUAAUAAAAUCUCCCCCUCUUCUCUGCUUCUGCAGGUGAGCCGCGCCAUCGCCUCAUGGAGACCAUGCAAGAGCUGAUUCCCUUUGCCAAAGAGAUGCUGAGCCAGAAGCCCAGCCGGAAGAUGGUCAGGGUGUACCUGGUGGGCAGCGUGCUGGCCUUCUUCGGGGUGGUGAUUGGGCUGGUGGAGACGGUGUGCCAGCCGUUCUCGUCGGACGCGGGCGUGGACGAAGAGAUCCAGCGCCUGGCUGAACGGGAACGCCGGGCGCUGGAGGCAGAGGAGAGACGGGAGAUGGAAGAGAUCGCCACCUCGGAGAACGACCGAGUGGUGAAACCCAAGCGGCAAGUGAUCACCGGACAGAGGAACGCUGCCAACCGGUUGCACGCCUCCUAAAGACUCGCUGUUAGCAACGAACUUCAUUACUACUGCCAUACCGCCCGCGAUGCACAAUAUGUAAACGCACUACAUAAGCUGAAUCUUUCAAGUCCUCCUGACCUCCCCCGAACUGCAAUGAAGACUGAACUGAAAGGUCGAUUUGGGUAUCUGAUAGCCCCAUGAGAGUUCUAGCUCAUGUUUCAUGAAUGAACAGAAAUAAGAUACGCCCAGCUCAGCCCAAAUCAAAGACCACUUUAUUAUCGAACUGUCGCUGCUGUGCAGCAAUGUGCAUAAGAGUUGAGUUGCCAUGAUUUCAUGGCCUUUGUGACACACGUCGGUACACGUGUUACCUAUUCAGAUGAAGAUUUUUAUACCGAAAGAGAAAUAUAUAUUAUUUCAUAUGCUGUAUUUGUAUAUUCUUGUUUUGCACAAUAAUAAAUGCAUAUUUUUUAUUUAAAA